AUGGUUCUGAUUGCACCGGCUCUAUUCGUGAAUCACGGAGGCGGUGCCCGGCCGCUGCUGGGCGACAAAGACCACGCCAAACUAAUAGAAUUCUUUACGAACGACGUGAAAAAGCUCGUAAACUUAAAAGCACUGAAGGCGAUAAUACUGGUCACGGCGCACUGGGAGGAAGAGGUCGUUACCAUUUCAUCCGGCAAACAUCACGAUCUAUACUACGAUUAUUACGGUUAUCCGCCCGAAGCCUAUGAAUACAGAUACGACGCACCCGGAUAUCCUGAAUUGGCCAAUGAAAUACACGAAAAACUAAAAGAAUCCGGUAUAAACUCCAAAUUGGAUGACGAACGAGGUUGGGACCAUGGACUCUUCGUUCCGAUGCGCUUAAUCAAUCCCGCCGCCGACAUUCCGAUAGUACAAGUGUCCGUCCUGAAGAAUCAAGAUCCCAGGAAGCAUUAUCAGUUAGGGGAAGCGCUACAGAAGUUCCGCGCGCAAGGCAUCGCCAUUAUCGGGUCCGGAAUGACUUAUCACGAUUUUAUAAAGAUCAAAUCGCAUUGCUACCAGGACCAAGUCGUAAACAAGGAGUUUGAUUAUUAUCUGAAUACUGUAUGCACUGCUGGAGGUGAGAAUGCGAGACGGGAGGGCUUGCUAGCUUGGAAACAGCAGCCUGGAGCGAUAGAGGCGCAUCCUGAUGGAGCCGCCGAGCAUCUGAUGCCUCUGAUCGUGGUGGCCGGCGCCGGAGGGCCACGUCCGGCCGAGAGAGUCUUCAACUGGGACAUGCUCGGCACAUUCAGGUUGAGCUCCUUCAUAUGGAAGGAUCUGUAA